GUCCGGCACGUGACCGUCACCCAAAUAUCUUAAAACCAGCGGCGGCCCAGGAUCGCGCAUUCGCGAUUCAGUCGUGUGACAGUCCGCGGAACUGCUCCACGAGGGAUCCGAACGCAUUCACAUUAUCACAUUGCACCAUCGUACCGCCGCGCGAAGCCUACCAAAAUGCCCGAAACGACACUUCUUGAUUUUGACGAGCCGGCGACCUACAGCGAUGCCAUAGCGUCUUCUUCCUCGUCGGGCCUGUCUUCCGACGAAGAAACCUCCGUCAUCAAGAAAGAACACGUCAAGGCCUAUACCCAGAGGAAACUUAGUACCACUCCAUCAGCAACCACUUUUGAAGGUAUACCAACCCGCAAGGAUCAUGAAGAAUUUUUACGAAACAGUAUCGAGAUCAUACUGAAACACGCCGUCUUCGAAGGUUGUGACAAACGAAACAAAGUGCUGAAUUUCCAACAUCCGAAAGACCUCGAGAAGAUUUUUGACUUGAAGCUCAGAAGCUCGCCAGGUACGCACGAAGAGCUUCUCAAGCUUCUGAAAGAUACCAUUCACCAUUCAGUAAAACCAGGCAACCCAUGGUUUGCGAAUCAAUUGUUUUGUGGUCUCGAUCCCUACGGUUUGGUAGGGCAAUGGCUGACAGAUGCUUUGAAUCCGAGCGUGUAUACUUACGAGGUAGCGCCAGCCAUUACACUGAUAGAAGAGGAGGUUCUAAAGGAGAUGAGGAAGUUUGUGGGAUGGAGCAAGGGCGACGGAGUGUUUUGUCCAGGUGGUUCCAUGUCCAAUGGGUACGCUCUCAACAUUGCCAGGCAUUUUCACUGUCCAGAUAUCAAGAAAAAAGGUGUAUCGGCGUAUCCUCGACUAGUGUCAUUUGUUUCUGACGAUGCUCACUAUUCCACCAAGAAAUUCAGCGCCUUCCAAGGUAUGGGUGCUGACAACGUGUAUGCCGUCAAAACAGACGAAAGGGGAAAAAUGAUCGUCUCUGAUUUGGUGGAAAAUAUCGAGAGGGCACUGAAGGAAGGAGCCAAGCCAUUUUUGGUUGUGGCAACAGCUGGAACGACAGUUCUCGGAGCCUUUGAUCCUAUCAACGAGAUCGCGGAUGUUUGUCAGAAGUACAAUUUAUGGCUGCAUGUGGAUGGAGCCUGGGGUGGUGGAGUACUCAUGUCUAGAAAACACCGGGCCAAAAUGGCUGGUGUUGAAAGAGCAGACUCUAUAACCUGGAACCCACACAAAAUGUUGGUAGUGCCACAACAAUGUUCAGUAUUCUUAACGAAACAUGAAGGUCUGUUAGCUCAAACGCAUUCCCUGAAAGCUGCGUACCUGUUUCAACCUGACAAGUUCUACGAUACGAGCUACGAUACUGGCGACAAACAUGUCCAAUGCGGUCGUAGAGCAGACGUACUAAAGUUCUGGUUCAUGUGGAAAGCGAAAGGUUGGUCAGGAUUUGAAAAGCACGUCGAUAAAAUCUUCGAGAAUGCUGACUACUUCAUAAGCAAGAUCAAGGACCGGCCGGACUUUGACCUCAUCGUGCCAGAACCAGAAUGCACCAAUUGCUGCUUCUUCUAUCUACCAUCCAGCAUCAGGAAUAUGAAUAAAAACGACCCUACAUAUAAGGAGAAACUGCACAAGGUCGCACCAAAAAUGAAAGAGAGAAUGAUGAUGGCGGGUACAAUGAUGGUUGCAUAUCAAGCUGUCAGAGGACUGCCCAACUUCUGGCGAGUGUUAUUCCAGAACUCGGCUAUGGAUAAGCCCGACAUCGACUUACUCAUCCAGAGGUUUGAAGAGUAUGGAAAAGACCUUUAAAAAAUAGAGAUAUAAUAAAUUGUCAAUAUUCACGAGUACCGACUGUAACGAGAAAGUCAAUUUAACAGUCGGAUAUAUUCCUGAAUGCUACCCGAGCUCUAAAUUGAUAACCUCUCAAUCAUAUCUUUAUGUAUUAUUUAUGAUUUUCGGAACUGAGCGUAUGCUUCACGUUAGGAUAUCAUUUUUUCUGAUAUUGAGAGAAUGGUAAAGUUAUAUUUGUCCCUAAGAGGUCAUUGAAGGCUGUAGCUCUGGAAUUACUUAGGUUGUAUAGAUAUAUAUCUAAUACUUAUAUUAUAAUACUUAAGAAGCUGGUUGAUAGUGACAUAAGCAAGAAUAUCUACUACACCUACCACCUAAGGUGAUUUUCCAUCCAGCGUCUAUAGAUAAGUGAUAUGUUUUGUGUUCUUUUUAAUCUUGCAACUUCUUAUAGUCCUCGAUUUCAACUGUUUAUACUGAAUAAAUAAUGUUGCACGCCA